AACCAUGUGACCAGUGAACCCAAACUAUCCGAGUAUCUCUUUCUCUCUCAAGAAAAAAUCUUUUUAGACAGCUUUUAUCACUAUCAGACUCAGUAUACCAUUUUCCCACUCCUAAUCCUAUAUAUAUUCCCACAAUCAUCUGGAGUCAGAACCCAAAAAAUUCUAAUGGGUUUUCAUUCCCAUAUUACUAUUUUCAUCACUUUGUUUGCUUUUCUACUUCUGUUCAUACAGGAAGCAAGAACUGAGGAUUACAGUUUGAGCAGUAAUAGUAGUAGUAGUAGUUUUAAUGAGAGGAAACUGAGAAAUAAUUGUAAUAUCUUCCAAGGAAAAUGGGUUUAUGAUAAUUCAUACCCUCUUUAUGAUUCAUCACAAUGUCCCUUCAUAGAUCCACAGUUUGAUUGUCAAAAGUAUGGUAGACCUGAUAAACUUUACCUUGAAUACAGAUGGCAACCAAAUAAUUGCAAUUUACCUAGGUUUAAUGGUUUGGAUUUCUUAUGGAGAUGGAGAGGGAAGAACAUAAUGUUUGUUGGUGACUCACUGGGUUCAAAUCAAUGGCAAUCGUUAACAUGCCUGAUUCAUGCUUCAGUACCCAAAUCAAAGACUAUAGUAUUCAGAACAAAUGCUCUGUCUUCAGUCACGUUCGUGGAUUAUAAACUGAAAAUUUCACUCUUUCAUACACCAUACAUAGUAGAUUUAGUCAAGGAGGAAGUUGGUUUAGUUUUGAACUUGGGUUCGAUCGCGCAUGGUAGAUCAUGGAGGAAAAUGGAUGUGUUGAUCUUUAACUCUUGGCAUUGGUGGACUCACCGUGGAAGAACCCAACCAUGGAACUACAUCAGAGACGGGAACAAGUUAUACAAAGACAUGAAUCCAUUGGUUGCUUUCUACAAAGGAAUGACAACUUGGGCGAGAUGGGUGGACAAAAACAUUGAUUUUUCUAGAACCAAGGUCUUCUUACAAGGGAUAUCUCCCGUGCAUUACGAAGGGAACGAAUGGCAUAAUAACCCAUGGACGGAUUGCAGAAGUGAGACGCAGCCAGUAUUCGGGACAAGGUAUCCUGCACGUUUGCCUCCACAGAUGUAUGUGGAGUACAAAGUUUUCAGCAGAAUUAAAAAACCAGUGUACCUCCUAGACGUUACUCAACUCUCGCAGCUAAGAAAAGAUGCUCAUCCCACGGCUUACAGCGGCAAACACAGUGGAGUUGACUGCAGUCAUUGGUGUCUUCCUGGACUGCCAGAUACUUGGAACCAACUUCUCUAUGCAGCUCUUGUCCUCUGAUGAGGAGGAGCAAUUCAAAUAUUGUACUUGGGAGAAACCGGUCCUGUCAUUCUUGUUGUAAAGGGAAAUAUUGACUAUUUUUUCCUUAGAAUCAGAUAAGGAGGUGGAUGUUCAUUGGUUGUAAAGUAUAUUAUUCAUGCCAUCAAUUGGCAAAAUUGGAGAACUUAGUGGUUUGCUACCUAAGAAGAUUCAGAGUUUAGUUUACAUGAACGUGAAAUAAAGAAUGUUGUCACUGAAUGUUCAUUAAAGCCAAACCAAGAAAAGAAAAUACAAGGUCUAAACUG